AUGGACGAGGAGCCAGCCAACAAGGGAACGGCCACGCCCAAGAACAGGACCAGGACGACGAAGCGGCAACCGCCGGCUGCCGACGAUGACGGCAGUCUUUCUCAAGAAGCUCCCAGUGCCAAGCGAGCGCGUGGAAGGCCCACCAAGGACAAGUCUUCAUCUAAUGCGAGGACUCGGUCAGCGAAGCCGGUAACACCCAGACCUAUCGCCACCGCGGCUUCCGGAAAGACGAGAAAGGCCGCUGAUGCACCGGCACCCGGCGCCGAUGCGAAUGUCCCGUCCACCAGCAAGGGACCCAAGUCGCACAGGGUGAGCCGGAAGACGCGCUCGAGGAGCUCCUCCCCGAGCGACGCUCACAUUGCUGCGGCCAAGGCUCCGAAGCGUCGGCACCGCUCGCGGAGUCACUCCCAUGACGGCAGCAGUCAUCACGCCAAGAGGGGCAGGAGCCGCGGGAGAUCAAGGCAUUCGUCCCACAACGGUCAUGGUGGCCACAAACGCAAGGGCGGCCGCCGUGGAGGGUCCACCACCACCUCGCAGAGCAGCCGAGGAACAAAGAGGGGCCGCAGGAAAAGCCGCCGCCACCAUUCCAAGAGCAGCACCUCUGCUGCGAGCGUGAGUACCAGGAAGGGCGGGAGACGGCGCCGCCACGCCCGUAGUACGCGUUCGUCGUCGAGCCGCGGCAAGGCGGUGAGCAGCUCCUCGUCGAGGUCUCGUCGGGCCAAGGGGUCUGCUGGCAAGGCUACCAAAAGAGGCAGGCGCAAGUAA